AUGUCUAAAACAAUUGCUGCCCAGGUAGUCAAAAUUGUGGUACCCGCUGGCAAGGCUGCUCCGACACCACCAGUCGGUCCUGCUCUGGGUGCUCGAGGUGUGAAAGCUAUGGACUUUUGCAAAGAAUUCAAUGCCCGCACAGCAGAGUUCCAUACCUCCCUUCCUAUACCCACAAUGAUCACUAUCAACCCCGACCGCACAUUCUCCUUUGCCACCCGUACACCCUCAGUCAGCUACCUCCUCAAAAAGACGACGGGUCUAGAAAAAGGUUCAGGAGAGGGUAUGAAGAAGGUCGUUGGCACAGUGUCAGUGAAACACAUCUACGAGAUUGCUAAGAUCAAGUGUAUGGACGAGGAUUUGAAGGCAGUUGGUCUGGAAAAGGUCGCAAAAGGGAUUGUAGGGACAGCGAAGAGUCUAGGUCUUCAAGUGGUGCUGUAG